GAUAGGUUUAACGAUUGACAUGGCCAAUGAUAGAACAAAAUGCUGUUUUGAAAUCACACUUUACUGUGAUUGUCAAGUACGUACAUGUAUGCGUUCUGUUUCUUCAAAACAGAAUUGGCUAUAGAUGUUGCAAGUCAAUGGUCAAGUUAUGUACUUGCAUUUAUUUCUUUGGGGAAAUAUUUUGGUAGUGUGGGCAAUUUGAUUCUCAUUUUGAAGGAAAGCUAUCGUGCUUUGAGCUCAAUGUUGGCCAUGUGUGGCACUAAUGAUUUGUUUGUUAUGCCCCUAAUUUUUGGAGCCAGCAUGAAGAAAGAAUGAGCAUUGUUCAUCGGCUCAUGUUACUCUUUGUAGUGUAUUCGACUGUAUCCUGUCAUAAUCUGUCUGCUACUGUAAAAUCACCCUUUCUUUCGUUAUCCAUGCAUAAAAUCUGUCUGCUACAGUAAAAUCUGUCUGUUACUCUUGAAGUCGAAGCAAUUGAAUUCCAAUUGAGACGAAAUAAAAAGAACUAGAUCUGCGGUGUUAGGGAACAGAGAGUGAGGUUUCUAUUUUGAUAGGCUGUUAUCAUGUUGUGGAACUCUUUUGAAGUUGAUUGAUUGAUUAUCGGUUAUGGAGCGGACGCGAGAUGCUCCGCAAUUUCCUUCCUGUUUGAAGGGUUCCUUUUGAAGAUCUGCAAGUUAUCGUCUCCGCUAUCAAUUUGCUUUUAUGAUCAUGGUAAAUUUGCCAUGAUGGUUUCGUUAAUUGCCCCUCUAGUGGGAUGGGGACCAUGGGGUAGUUGUAUUGAAUUCAGAGUUUCUGAUUCAAAAGGUUGCCAUCAUAUUUUGCAUAGAAUGGUCAUUGGAAGAUGCAAAAGAGGAAGAGAAAGCAACUCAACUUUUGAAGGAAAAGAAGACAACAAGGAAGAUGAACAACAAUCGCAGGAUCAUACAGCAGCAUCAGAAAGUAUACUUGGUUGUGGUAUACUUGAACUGCCUAUGAACUUAAUAUACGAAAUACUCUCAAGGCUCCCUCCAAAGGCCAUAAUCUGUUGCAAAUGUGUUUGCAAAACAUUCCUCAAGAUUCUCACAGACCCGUAUUUUUCCGAAAUUAACCUUAUUAAAGCACCCAAUGUUUGUGCUAGCCUCAUCCUUCAACACAGUCCCAGUUCAUGUGCAUUUCACUUUGUCUAUAUGCAAGAUCUUGAGGAAACCUCAGCCGCCGCCACCUGCACUGCUGACGACCGCCCCUUUUAUCGCCGGCGUAUUUCUUGUCCGUGCCAAGCAUUAACUGUGAAAAGUACCAGAUUCGAACUCUCCCGUCGUCAAGUUACCCUUGUGGGUUCUUGUAAUGGAUUGCUUUGUUUAUACCAUGCUUCAUGGCCUCCCUUUCACUACAUUUGCAACCCAGUCCUUGGCGAAGUUAUGGUUCUUCCCAAUCAGAUUUCUGCAAAACGAGCUUACAAUUAUCGUUGCCAUUCUGGGUUUGGUUUCUGUCCAAAGACUAAGCGGUACAAGGUCGUUAGUUUGAUGUGCAUGCAAUAUACUGAUCCUGAGACUCGUUUGGUCUCUGGUGGUAAAACAAAAGCUGAGAUAUACACUCUUGGCACGGAAUCCUGGAGGAAAAUUGGCGAUGCCCCAUUACCUAUGUCUGAGGGAUCGUUUGACUCUUUCCUAAAUGGCAUUCUUCACUGGAUUACUGAUGGUUUUACGGCUUUCAACUUGAUUUCUUCAUUUGAUUUUGAGAUGGAGCAGUUUGGAUCUGUUCCGGGGCCUACCCAUUUUGAUCGAGAGUGUGUUAAUAAGAUCUCUUGGAUCAAUGUCGGGGUACUAGGUGAGUUUCUCUCUCUAUGUUAUGUAAUUGGCGACGGUCAGUUUGAUGUUUGGGUGAUGAAGGAUUAUGGUGUCAAGGAGUCCUGGACUAGAGAGUUUGUCAUUGACAUCAACUUCUAUUGCGCGCUGGAGCAUUACUUGCAUCAACCGAUUGCAUUUUUGAGAAAUGGAGAUUUGUUGUUCAUAUGGAAUUCCAGAUCUUUAGUGUCCUACAAUCAUAGGAAAGGAACCUUCAGAGAAUUUAAAGCUUUUGGUCCUUGUGGUGUUCGUGCUAUUGCUCAUAUUCCAAGCUUUAUUUCUCUAAAGGGUUUCGCAAGAGGAGGCCUUUUGAAAACUUCUAAAUGGCGUGGACUUAUGGGCGGUAUGAAUUUUUAUACUCACAUGUAAUAGUAAGUAUGAAGGGUGGAUUUUUGUUAAUGUAGAUCAUUUUUACAGUUCCCAUUUCUCUUCUAUUUUUUCUUUUUUCCUUUGUUGUAUAAACCUAUAUUUCUAGAUUUAUCUUGUAGCCACAAUGCAGAUUCAGUACAGAGCAGUUGUUAAAUCUCGUA